UGAUUUUUGGAUUCCAGACACCGAAACGACUACGAGUGACGCGUGCUUCCCGUCAUCCGACUCGUCCCAUGCUUGCCGUCAUCGGCUGGUAAUCUUGAUAAUGCACUUCGUGCCUCUUUGGGCAGGUAUCUAAUCCUGCUCCCGGCCGACGAUCCCGAUCCGCCCUCUCCACUAUAUAUACAACCCGCCUUCUCUCGAUCUUCUUUUCCAACUCCAGUCAGUCUACGAUGAGGUCCUUCAGCUCCAUUGCCUGUGCCCUCCCUCUGCUCGCCUCUGUGGCGACUGCAGCCCCUGCCGUGUUCAAGGGCUUUGAGAAGCGGGAUCCCGCUGCUGUUCCCGAUGGUGGCGUCGACGCUCGCCCCAACGCCAGCGCUCCCAUCUACCACACUGACAGUGACUUCGAUUUCCAGUCACUCAACUUGGCUUUGAACCAGGAGUGGAUCGAGCUUGACCUUUUCCGAUACGGUGUCGAGCGUUUCUCCGAGGAAGAAUUCGCUGCCGCCGGCAUCGACGCCGAAGACAUCUCCCUCAUCAACUUUAUGGCCGACCAAGAAGUCGGCCACGCUACUCUCCUCACCAACAUCCUCUCCUCCCACGGGCGCACCCCCGCCAAGCAGUGCACCUACCAGUACGACUUUGAAACUGUCCGCGACUUUGUCAACUUUUGUCAGAGGUUGACGAGGUGGGGUGAGAGUGGUGUUUAUGGCUUCUUGCCGCACCUCGACUCGCGACCCUCGGCGCAGCUCUUGUUGCAGUCCAUCACUACCGAGGCCAGGCAGCAGAUGAUCUUUAGGCAGUUUUCGGGUGCGCACCCCAUGCCAGUGUACUUUGAGACUGGUAUCUCCCAGUCUAUGGCUUGGUCUUUGCUCCAGCCUUACCUCGCUACUUGUCCCGCCGAGAACCCUCGCAUUGAAUGGCAAAUCUACCCCAACCUCAACGUCGUGAACGAAACCAGCCUUCUCGUCGACGGCUACAACGCCGCCAUCACCCACAACCGCACCUCCCUCACCUCCCCCGGCCAGCAGGUCCACUUUACCUGGGACGCUCCCGGGCAAAACACUUCUUGGAACUCUUCUUACACUACUUCCAUUGGUGGUAACGUUACUGACACCACCCCCAAGUACGUCGCUUGGGUCAGUCAGCUCAACACUACCUACACCGAGUUCAACUCCACCGGCAACUACUCUGGCUACACUUACCAGCCCGACGGCGUCGUAUUCGACAACACCUCUGACGGUGUCGUGAACGGCACCAUGUUUGUUGGUUUGACCGACUCGAACCCUUAUGUUACGCCAUACAACUUGUCCUUGCUCAAUGAUGUUCUCAUUGCUUGGGGCGAGUACCAGGCUAACUAAGCGGACAAGUUAUUGUUCAGUGAAGGGUUGGAUAUUAUAAUCGUUGACUCAAAAGCAGAAUAGUAUAAUGAGCGAAACUCAAAUAGUGAAUAACAUCUGUGCUAUGCACAAGCACCAUGUAUAUAAUAUGUCGGGUGCUGUACUUGUCGCUGCAUGCGGGAUUCUCUGCAAAUCCUUCUCACCG